AUCUUUAAAGAUGAGAAUGUUUAUUUUGCAUUUGUUUAUUUGACUUUACAUCAUUUAUAUUGUUUACUGUAAAACUUCUAAAAGAAUCCAGUUUGUCACCUGGAGUCGGAUCAGUUUCCUGCUGGGUUACCUGACACCUCUGAAAGGCAACUUUCUGCUCCGAGAGUCACGUCAGCAAACCUUUGGAUACCUUCACACACCUGGGGUUCCAGACUGUCUCCAGUUGUGCAGUUAAGGAGCAGAGAUGUCGUUUAUCGCCAAGACGUUCUACGAUCUGAGAGCUACCUCGCUGGAGGGAGACUCGGUGGACUUCAAUGUCUUCAGGGGACGCGUGGUCCUCAUUGAGAAUGUGGCCUCGCUCUGAGGCACCACCACCCAGGACUUCAGCGAGCUCAACCAGCUACAGAGCAAAUACCCCCAUCGGCUGGUGGUCCUGGGCUUUCCUUGUAACCAGUUUGGGUACCAGGAGAAUUGCAGCAAUGGGGAGAUCCUGAACUGCCUUCAGCAUGUGCGUCCAGGUAGUGGCUUCAAACCCAUUUUCACCAUCUUUGAGAAGUGCGACGUCAACGGUGCAAACACACACCCCGUCUUCGCCUAUCUGAAAAGCAAACUCCCCUAUCCCGACGACGACCCCAGCUCCCUCAUGCAGGAUCCAAAAUUUCUGGUUUGGAGCCCCGUCAGCAGGAUGGAUGUCUCCUGGAACUUUGAGAAGUUCCUCAUCGGGCCGGAAGGGGAGCCCUUUAAGAGAUACAGCAGGAAUUUCCCCACCAUUGACAUAGAGCCUGACAUUCAAAGGUUGUUAAGAUUAACCAAGUCCUAAAAAUAGCCCCUGCCUCAAUGGCUUUUCAUCCGUAACUGUCAAAGCCGACACUCUGCCCUCCACACUUUUAAGCCUUAAUGAAUGAGGGUGAUAUUCUAAAAGAAGUAAAGGGAAUGUCAUCUGAGACCUUGUAAGUGCUUAAUGGUGAUGGAUGUGAAGAAAUAAAUUGAUUAAAUGCAAAGAAAAGAAAACAAGAA